GUAUAAUGAGACGCACCUAUUAUCAUCAAAGAUAUAGACAGCCUCAAUGACGCCGGUCAUUUUGAAUAGCUCUCACGUUCGUCAAUGAAAGGCUACGGAGGGGAGCUUCGCCUUGGUCGUCCCCCGCACGCGACGCAAUGACGAAACCUCAAAAUUGCUGACUAACUUUUUUUGGCGGCUCAAGCUGGCGACAACCCUCCCGCGUCCCUCCAUUCGCUCCUUUUGUUACUACAAUGAUUCUGCCAAUCUACAUCUUGGGCAUUAUAUUCCAUUUCUAACAACUCUACGACUUAUUCGAGGAGUCGCACAUCAUGGCCGGCGAUAUCCCGACACUGCAAUCCCUCGACCGACCUGAAAAGUUCCAGGACGUGCUGAGAAGGGACCGACAAGAGGAUUGUCUUGGCUGCAAAGUUGUUGGUAGCGGCUCUCUUCUAGGACUUGGCGCAUAUAGCUACUUCUCCGGCAUGUCCCAGCUCGAAAAGCAACGACAGACGAUCCUACAGAGUAAAUCGAUAUUUGGCAUGCGAAGUCGCAAAUUUGGAAUUGUUUCUAUUUCUCUCGGAUUAGCCUGGAUGGGUAUGUGGAGGGCAUUCAACUAAAGGUAGCGGCCAUCAUUGGCGCUCGCCAGACUUUAUAACCACGUCGUGCUCCGCGUGGCAACUGCGUCAGAUCGUCUUCGACGUUAAAACUGUAUUAUACUCCCCUAAUCUCGCUUGUAUACUAGAAAUUUAUGAUACCCACUCCUGCAAACCAC